AUGUCAGACGAUGACACUGGCAGUCCGUCAAAGCAAAUCCAGAAAGACAUGUCUGGCUCGUUUGUAUCCAAAAAGGAUACCCCUGUGACCGAGACUAGUCCGCAGACUGGAGAGAAGAGAAAGCGGGGUCGACCACGCAAGACACCGGAGGAACCAUCUAAAUCGUCCGAUGAACCAAAGCGCGGACGUGGACGUCCACGAAAAGUCCUCUCUGAAGCAGAAAUCGCAGCAGCCGCGGCGGCGGCUGCAUCGCCCGGGAUCAAGCGAGGGCGUGGACGCCCUCGCAAGGAACCAGCCGCAACAACCGAUACACCCUCUACGGAACCUAAGAAGAAAGACGGCCGCGGCCGUCCACGCAAAAAUCCAGUCUCUUUGCAAGCACUAGUAGCACCUCCAUCCACGACUCCGAAAAGAGGUCGCGGACGUCCUCGCAAGAGCAUACCCGCCGAUGAACUUGCCGCAGACAUGGAUUCCAAGAACAAGAAGCCAUUGGGGGAAGAAGGGACAACACAUGAGCCUGUUCGUGAAAGCACGCCUCUAGAAGAUACCGGUCGCUCGUAUUGGCUGAUGAAGGCAGAGCCCGAAUCUCGUCUAGAGAAGGGGGUCGAUGUCAAGUUCUCGAUCGAUGAUCUGGCUGCGGCGAAGGAACCGGAACCGUGGGAUGGCGUUCGGAACCCUGUUGCCCGUAACAUCAUGAAAGAGAUGAAGCAGGGAGACUAUGCCUUUUUUUACCACUCCAACUGCAAAGUACCCGGGGUGGUUGGGAUAAUGGAGAUUGUGGGAGAACAUUCCAUUGAUGAGUCUGCAUUUGAUCCCAAGCAUCCAUAUUACGACGCCAAAUCCAUACGCUCUGCUCCCAAGUGGGUGGUAGUGCAUGUGGAGUUCCGACGGAAAUUUGACAACCCAGUGACUUUGGCCGAUCUCAAACUUCAUGCCCAGCCUGGCAAGGCACUGGAAAACCUCCAGACUUUGAAGCAAUCCCGACUGAGUGUCUCUUCGGUCACUCCAGCACAGUGGAAGUAUAUUCUCGAAUUGGCGGGAGUAGACGUUCGAACCAAUGUUUAG